CGUUAAAGAAUAUUCUUUUAACCAACUCCGCUGGUAAAAGGCCCAUUGAAAAAUGUCUGAUGCACUGCGACAGCCAGGCGAUGGAUAGAGUUUCACAUUCUAUAUUUACGUCCUCGAACUUGUGUCGCUGAGCUAUAUAAACGGCAACGACAAAGUCUUACUGUCAAUAAGCUGGACAUUCGCAGUUAGGCCUACCGCAACAUGAUGGACCUUUUUGAGACCAAUACUUAUUUCUUUAACGAUCUGCGUUAUCUGGAGGGGGACCACGGUACCUUACAGCACUUGGAUAUACCAGCGGUUUCUCCUCUGUACCAAGGGAACGGCAGCCCCGCGUCCCCAGGGCCGGAGCCAGCCCUCACCGAGCAGGGCUGCGACAGCAGCGGAGAGGAGCACGUCCCCGCACCGCCGGGGCUACGGUCCCACUGCGAAGGCCAGUGCCUCCUCUGGGCGUGUAAAGUUUGCAAGAGGAAGUCUGCCCCGACCGACAGACGGAAGGCUGCCACGCUGCGGGAGAGAAGGCGACUCAAAAAGAUCAACGAAGCGUUUGAUGCUCUAAAGAAAAAGACGGUUCCAAAUCCGACCCAGAGGCUACCCAAGGUGGAGAUUUUACGCAGCGCCAUCAGUUAUAUAGAGAAACUGCAGGACCUGUUGCGCAGCCUGGACGAUAACAGUGCUUAUAACGGCAAAGACCACGGCGUGGGUAACAGUGAGUAUCACUGGAAAAAGACCUGUCAAAACUAUCAGGGAAACGCAGAUCAUUCCAAGAUGCCACAGUUGGCGCAUCAAAGAGGAUCCGCAGCGGAGUCGUUGGCUUCCAGUAGCCUCCGUCGCCUCUCCUCCAUAGUGGCCAGCAUUUCCACGGCGGAGACGCGAGCGCACGGCCCCGAGGAGAGCGCAGGGAAAUGAGCCGCAGUCUGUGCGUCCGGAGUCUCACAUCUCCACAUCUCUUCAUUUCCACACGCGUGUAGGCCUAGUACGCAUAAAACAUUCAGAUUUUUAUUCAUGACAUUUUUUGACCAUUUUAUGUAGAGCUGCACGUGAUCAGGUAUAGGGUCAUUUUUUUUUAAUUCAAUAUGUCCAUGUAAAUAUACUGUAAUAUAUUGAUAUUAAAUUAUUUUGUAUUUAUGAAUAAAGUGAUAUUAAAAGAAAAGUAUUUUGAGAGCACUUAAUUAUAUAGAAAUACAAUAUCUAACAAUAAUCAGCAAAUACUAUUUGAAGUAUGUUCAGUAUAGUUUUACCUUUUUUCUUUUUUAAAAGUUUAAUUUACCGUUGGUUAAUUGAUGAAUUACCAUGGCUUACUGUAGCACCAUGACCGUGACCUCACCAAAACACACAGCUCAAGAGCUUUAUAUUCAGAUUUGACAGCCAAUAUUAUUAAUAAUAAUUAGACGUGCUUGUGAGUUUCCUUCUUUCUUUUUUGUUUCUUUCAUUCUUAUUUAACGAUGGCUUGUUUGCAUAUCAAAUCUGGUGAACUACUUUUCAUGGUUUUUGUGAAAUAUGAAAAUCCUUAAGCUUGGCUUUAUUUUAAAAUUUAUUUAAAAAAUAUCCGUGCAUCCUGAGUAAAGAUUGGGGAUUCCCCUAACAGUCCUGCUGCUGGGGUUGGUUUUAUACACCCUCUUCACUCUAAAUAAUAUACAGCUAUACACCGAGCUCAUGUUCACCUUGUAAUCUGUCAGCCAAUAGGCACUUUAGUUCUGUGUGGGGAACAGGUCAAAGGUUAUAAUGUGAACUGAAAUGUUUUGUCAGUGGUAUGUUUGUGCCGUAUUGUUUUCCUGAUUAAAAUGUAAGGGUCCAGUAUAAUCAGUUCUAAUAUACACUUUUGCAUGCAGUAAGCCUGACACUUUUUUGUAUGACUCUUUUGUGUUGGAAUAGUGUCUUGUGGUAGGUUACAAACUCAAAUAAAACUUACCUACAUCUGUCUUCAA